GAUUUAUUUGAUUAAAUAAAGAUAGAAUGAAAACGAAAAGCAAAAAUAUCUGAAAACUCAAUCGGCACAACGGAAACGAAAAAAAUCGAAAAUGAAAAUGAGAAUUAUGAAAAAGAAAGAGCAGCAUCGCAGCUGAGAGUCUCUCUCUCUCUCUCUCUCUCUCUCUUCUCUGUCUUGAUGUAGCUUAGAAAGAAACCCUAGUUCUCUCCGUCUCGCCUCAUCGCACACACUGUGCAAAUCUAAGCCUUUUUUCCUUCAAUCUUCCGAUUCUCAUUUCCAACCCCAUACCCUUCUGCUAAUUUUGGCCAAUUUGAUUUUUCCCUUUGCUAACAUGUACAGAGAUCGAGGAGGAGUGGGCUCGUCUAAGGGCGGAGAGAUGUUGGAUCGGAAGCGAAUCAACGACGCCUUGGACAAACAUUUGGAAAAGUCUUCGCCUUCCACCUCCAGAAACAAGGGUUCCGCCGUCGCCGUGCCCUCCACCUCCGCCGCCGUCGGGAAGCAUAUUGACCCUAGAAAUAAUCGCUCUUCCUCCACCCUCACUACCGACAAGAACAAGUGUUCGGAUGAUGAAUCGGACACAGACAGUGAAGAGUCUGAUGUCAGUGGUUCUGAUGGGGAUGAUACAUCCUGGAUUUCAUGGUUUUGCAACUUGCGUGGAAAUGAAUUCUUCUGUGAAGUUGAUGAUGAAUAUAUCCAAGACGAUUUUAAUCUUUGUGGGUUGAGCAGUCAAGUUCCAUAUUAUGAUUACGCACUCGACCUUAUUCUGGAUGUUGAAUCCUCUCAUGGCGAUAUGUUUACUGAGGAACAAAAUGAAUUGGUCGAGUCAGCUGCUGAAAUGCUCUAUGGCCUUAUCCAUGUCCGGUACAUUUUGACCACCAAGGGAAUGGCUGCAAUGUUAGAGAAGUACAAGAACUAUGACUUUGGAAGGUGUCCGAGAGUUUAUUGCUGUGGACAACCUUGUCUUCCCGUCGGACAGUCAGACAUUCCACGCUCCAGUACCGUAAAAAUAUACUGUCCCAAAUGUGAAGAUAUUUUCUAUCCCCGAUCCAAGUAUCAAGGCAAUAUUGAUGGAGCAUAUUUCGGAACCACUUUCCCACAUCUGUUUUUGAUGACCUAUGGGCACCUCAAGCCACAGAAGCCUGUGCAGAGUUAUGUCCCCAGAGUUUUUGGGUUCAAGAUCCACAAGCCUUGAUGAAUGAGUCUCCAUCACAUGCAGUUGAGCUUUUAUAUUUGUUGGGUAAAUGUUGCGUACCCGGUGUAUGUGGUGUACGAGUGGCCGCAGGAUGGGCCAGGAAGAGGCAGAACAAGAUUGAAUGACAAUUGUUUGAUUCAAGGAGAAGCAUAUCUGUGAAGCAAGUUGGUCCUUAUGUAAGCUAAUUUCUUGAAAUGUUGAAGUACUUACUCAUGUAGUUCCUGUGUGCAUACACUUAUAUCAUCAGCACUAUAUUUUUUCAUGGAGCAGAUUUGCAAGAUUGUAUUUAGAUGUAGUCUUCUUUGAAGACAACUUUAGCCCCAA